AGUCUGCUGCGGGAUCUGUCGGUGCGAACACGGUUUUGGCCUCCCCUGCGGUUCGAAAUGGAUUGGCCUAAUGGUAUGGUAACUUGGUGAAUCACAGUGUUAGAGUGUGUGGGAAUCCGGUAUUCCGGGAAGCAGUGACAGUGGGAGUGAUUAGUCUAAUCUGAGCGCGUGGAGUGAAUGAGAACGGUACCACACGAGAACCCAUGCCCCCAUGGGGGUCAACGGAUCACCUUUGACCGUUACUAAUAUUGCAAAGUAAGGGAUAUUAUCGGCAGGAAGGCUUCGGUUAGAAUAUGCACGUGCUAAGAAUAGGUUUUCGGUGUGGCUGGCGCCCGAUGAAAUCGAAGCAUCAUGAUAAUCUUUGUGCAUGGUUAGGGUUUUUUGGAGUGCUGUGAAUAUGGCAAUCUUCCUCGUAUGUUACGUUUAAGCUACGAACCUUUUUUCAAGGGUAGGAUAAGCAGGGGAAGCUGAUUAUAAAUAAUGGCAAAACACUGUUUGGGUGGCGAGCUUCGCUCGGGGCAGCAUAAAUCGUUAUCAAUGUGCGAAAAAGUUAACUUUUAAUUUAUUUACGGUUAUUACGGUGCGACGAAUGCUCCGGUGCUCUGGUGCUUUGAACGCAGCUUCACAAGCUCGAGGCAAGUGAAAGGGGGUUGUGAGAGUGCAAGUAAUGCAAGACGAAACGUGAAGAAUAGAACCCGUGGGAACGAGCUUAUGGUUUGUUUAGUCAACAAGACCUGGAAAAAGGAUUGCCGCUCCGGUGUCAAUAGUGAAGGUGGAUGAAAAAUAGCUUGCAAAAAUAAAAAAAAAAAAUCACACUGUUUACAUAAGUGUUAGCUGUGUUAGAGAAGCCAUGAAAAGCCAUCUGCAGAAGAUUAAUUAGAAAAACUACAUGUUUUGACGUCAGCAGUUUAGCAGUGUGACGCUGCCAGGCGGAAAUAGUGCUGCCGGCAAACAGAAGAAAUCGGUAAGGUUGUACCAUCGGAAGUGCCACUAGCAUGCGAAAAAGAAAACGAAUCAAAUUGUCGGAUGGUACUGCUUCCCGAAGCCAUACUACACCAAGUGGAUGAUGGAAGAAAUCGAUGUGUGCUAUUUUGCCAUAAGCUACCGUUCGUGAAAGUGCUAGGAGAAGAUUUUGUGCCGAAAGAACAGAAACCGUGUGAAAACCGUUCCAAACAAACAAGUGCGCGAUAGGUGUACCUAAUUCUGACAUACUCCGGGAGUCCAAGCAACAUCUGUUAUAAUUUUGUUUAGUUAGUGGUUAAUCGUAGUUCGGGUCCCAGUAAGUUCAUUUCCCGAGCAGCGAACGCCCGAUGGUUUGUUGUGCAGCUGCGACCAGACAUGAUUAUACCCUUGAAUGCAUUCUGAUUGCUGUUUCAUGCAAGACUUACUAAGUCGCCUAAGUUGAAAAUUUAAUCUCUGCCAGUGAGAGAGUCCUGACGACUGUAGUACUACACCGUUCACCGUUGAUCGUAGCCACUGCCGGAUCCUUGGCUCGGAACGACUGCCGUGGUCUAGAAUCGGUCUUCAUUCCGGGCAAUUUUUCGCAUUGUGUUUCGGUGCACCGUUUUUUCCGCUGCUGGUCCCCGAGGAUGAAAGCGCAAAAUGAAAAAGACGUAAAAUAUUUUCUCCGUCUUUGCUUUCAGUCGGGCCGGAAUGCCGGAACACUCAAGCGGCUUGCAUCGGUGGCAGUGGAAUAGAAGUUUGCCCGCAGCAGAGGUGACAAAAAAGUUAUCAGUGCACCACUUACCGACUGCGAGUUUGAUUUUUCCCGCUGCUGCCACUACGCGCCAAAACGAUUUAUGAUGGUUGGUUCGGCAGGGGCAUCCACACAGUGGCAACAUCCGCAUUAGCAUAUGCAUUGCGUCCCCAGUGGAAAAGAUAGUGCAAAUAGAAUGUUUCUUGUGGCAAAUUUGGUUUCAGCAGAUAAAAGACUUUCACCAGCCACUGCAUGAAACGCUGGUUUUACACAACCUCAACGGUUGCAGCAUCGUCACUUAUUGCAUCCUACUUAACCUAGAGAAAUGAGCUGAAAGUUAGUUCACACUUAGAUAGCGACCAUUUGAUAAGAGAAAGCAGGUAAUUCCACUGUUCUGUUGGCGAGAAGAGUCAGUGAAAAUACUUCGCAGAUUCGCAUCCUCAUAAAAAGUAACAACGAAAUAAAACAACUGGGAAAAAAACAUCCACAAUGACGAUGAACAUCAACAUGGACUCGGACCAUCGGGUCGUGCUGAACGUCGGCGGCAUUCGGCACGAAACGUACAAGGCGACCCUGAAGAAGAUUCCGGCCACCCGGUUGUCCCGGUUGACGGAAGCGCUCGCUAACUACGAUCCCAUCCUGAACGAGUACUUCUUCGACCGGCAUCCGGGGGUGUUUGCGCAGGUGCUCAACUACUACAGAACCGGCAAGCUGCACUAUCCAACCGAUGUGUGUGGUCCACUGUUCGAGGAAGAGCUGGAAUUCUGGGGUCUCGACUCGAACCAGGUUGAGCCGUGCUGCUGGAUGACGUACACGCAGCAUCGAGACACGCAGGAAACGCUGGCGGUUCUAGAGCGACUGGAUCUGGACACCGAGAAACCCACGGAGGAAGAGUUGGCACGCAAAUUUGGUUACGAGGACGAUUAUUACAAGGGAACGGUCUCAUGGUGGCAGCACAUGAAGCCCCAAAUAUGGUCACUGUUCGAUGAGCCGUACAGUUCAAACGCUGCCAAAAUAAUCGGUGUGAUAUCUGUGUUCUUCAUUUGCGUGUCUAUUCUGUCCUUUUGCUUGAAAACCCACCCGGAUAUGCGCGUUCCGGUGAUACGAAACCACACCGUCAAAACGGCCAACGGCAGCACGGCUUGGGUGCUGGAUAAAUCACACACCAAUGCACACGUGGCAUUUUUCUACAUAGAAUGUGUUUGCAAUGCCUGGUUUACAUUGGAAAUUUUGGUGCGCUUCAUCUCAUCUCCGCACAAGUGCGAAUUUAUCACCUCAUCUGUAAAUAUAAUCGACUACAUCGCAACGCUGAGCUUCUUUGUGGAUCUGAUACUACAGCGUUUUGCGUCCCACCUGGAGAACGCUGACAUUUUAGAGUUCUUCUCAAUCAUUCGCAUCAUGAGACUGUUUAAGCUGACCCGGCAUUCGUCAGGAUUGAAAAUCCUGGUGCAGACAUUUCGGGCCUCAGCCAAAGAGUUAACCCUGCUGGUCUUCUUCCUAGUGCUCGGGAUCGUGAUAUUCGCCAGCUUGGUUUACUACGCGGAACGAAUCCAGACGAAUCCGCACAACGAUUUCAACAGCAUCCCUUUAGGGCUGUGGUGGGCACUGGUAACGAUGACAACGGUCGGCUACGGUGAUAUGGCACCUAAAACCUAUAUCGGCAUGUUCGUGGGGGCGCUCUGUGCCCUGGGUGGCGUACUGACGAUUGCCUUGCCGGUGCCCGUCAUUGUGAGCAAUUUCACCAUGUACUAUUCGCACACGCAGGCCAGGGCGAAACUACCGAAAAAACGACGGCGAGUGCUCCCAGUCGAACAACUGCGAGCCCCAAGAGUAGCGGGACCAACGAAAGCCAUGGGAAUGCCCGGCUCCGGUCCGAUGGCUCGCCGUAUGAACCAACCGAAAACAAAGGACAUCGGACCGAAAAUAGGUCCUAUCGGUGCCAGCAUUGUGGCCAUGUGCCCCAGGAAUGUCGGUCUGCACAGCAACCCGGCACUGGCCAUGUGCAAACCAACGUUCGAAGUUCGGCCUCCGACGAUUUCCUCCAACAGUGGAAAUGUCAGCGUCGGCCAGCAGGUUCUCAUUCCCCGUGAUGCCGCCGUCAAGCUGAACCUAAACAUUAACAGCUCCAGCAACAAUAAUAAUAACAACAACAACAACAGUAGCACCACAAAUAACAACCACACCGUCAGCGUCAACGGAAACGCAACCGGUAACUCUGUUAGUGCAGCUACCGGAAACGCCAAUAACACCAAAUGAACCGAAUAUUUAGUAACUUUUCAUGAAGCUCAGUUGUGUAUAUUGACGCCUCUCUAGUUAGCUUUCUGUAAAUACAAAAAAAGCGAAAAUUAUCAAUACUUCAUGCUAAUAGAUAUAGAAAGUAGGUAAGUGAAUAGGACAAAAAAGGCUAAAUUAGUUCAUUCGAUCACUUCUGCAUUACGCUGGCAAAAACAAGAAACAAAACUAAAAAAAAUUGAUCAUUGUACAUUCGCACUCUUCAUUCUUAUGACAGCUCAAUUAGACAGUAUUUUAUUCGACACAGCGAUUGGCCCAACGAUGAUUACAAAUGAUUAUUUCGUGGCCGCCAGGUUUCCACAUCACAUACUCCUUUCGGAAGAGAACAGUUCACUGCUACGGGUUAAGAAGUUUCCUAGACAGUAAGUAAGUUAUGUGGGUAAAAGUCACCAGCAGAGUUUUCCCUUUUCAUGCACACUUUACAACAAAAAAAUUGGCUGAGCAUUAAGUUUUGUAUAUUAAUCACGAACUAUUUUUAGAAGUCGAUUCAACAGAAAAGAAGCAUUUAAUGUGAUACAAGUAGAGUAAUCGGUAACAGGAAGAAAAGAAAAUGAAGACGACGCUGAUCUUUGCAUUAUUCGCAACUGGAACAAAAGGAAAUAAUCAUACACCACCAGCGAGGACAACAAAUAAAUAACAAAUUUCAAUUUUACUAUGACUAAUGGCAAAUAAUUUUAAAUGUGCUUAGACGUAAGUAAGGUCGACAUUGUUAAGCCAAACUGUUUCAAUGGUGUUUUGAUCUGCUGCGCUUUACUCGCAAAAAACAACAACAACCACAACAGCAACCGACUAUCAAUCUUUAUCUUGUAUAGUUGUGCCACAAUCAUGUCGCUGAGCAGUUGAGCAUUCGUUUUGUUCAGUAUUUUUACUUAUCAAUAAAAUAAUUAUCUAUUGAA